GCCGGCGUCUUUACGUGACACCAUCACUGUAUGCCCUUUUUUUGGCUCCGUUAACUUCAUUUUAGCGUGUUAGAUUUAUUAGUAAUUUUAAUCAUCACAGCCGCGGUAUUUAGUUAUUGAGCGGUUUGCUUUUAAAUACGUGUUUUUUUCAUCCUGCUGAGCGGAUUACAGCGACUAUCUUCAGGAUAAACCGGCUUUUUUCAUCUCACGUUUUGUCCAGCCAUCACAAUGUGGAGGGGAAGGCACCUAACCCAACUAGCUACAUAGGCGAGGAGGACCAUGCGGGGUUUUGUAGCUAUUGCAUAUUUCUGCUGUUUUUCUGUUGUUAGCGUUUUAUUGUUAGGUUUGGUUUGUUGCUGAGCUUAAGAGCGAGAAAUGAGGGAGAAUAACGGGGGAAAUGGGUCCACGGUUUGUUAAUUGUUGUUAGCUACCUGUUUUCUGCUAUACUGUUAAUUUAAACCGGCCUAAAAUCUGCUGCUAACCUCUCUAUAGUAGUGAGCUACAUCUGUUCUAAAUGUGUUUUAGAAUAACAGUGGUUGGCUAUGUAAUGGUAAUGUUUUAGUCCGUAUUUGGUUAUUUUCUUUUAGAAGGCAGUGGAUGCAGCAGAGAUAUUUAUUUGUAUCCAAAGGAUGCUGUUUUGAAUGAGAUAGAUAGUUAACCUAGGCAGCUAGCUAAAGAACAUACAGUGUGGCUAGAUAUAUACCCACCCAUCAAUAAUUCGUGAUUUAAAUAAAUAAAUUACGGGUUUUUCUUAAUCAGCCUUAUUAAGAUCGUUAACAUUUUUUAGACAUUUUAAACCAUUGCACUCAAUCAGACGUUAUGUUAGCAAGCUAGGGGCUAGCUUACCUAACCUAUAUGUCUUAAUUAAGAAGAAGAGACAAUUAACCCUAGAUUCCCCCGUUAAGCAGCUUAAAGUUUUUUUGGUAUCUAAUGUUAAGCUAACGCUUAUCUAACGAUUACAUCGGGGAAACGUUUGGGACUCUAAAACAUCAGGAAAAAUCGCAGGAGACAAAGAAAAACAGGACUUUUUUUUCAUUAUUCUGUAAGAACAUCUCUUUGGGACUAGCUACGCAGCGCCAUGGAGGGCAGCCCCGCAGUGAGUGAGGGUGGCGGCGCGUCCCUGGAGCCGCUGACCGGCUUCACGGAGCUGCUGAGCGCCUCGUACCGCGCCAUGCUCGGCGCCCUCAAAGAGUGCGCGGACUGCGGGCUCGAGCCCUCAGCGCGCGCCCUGCGCGAGCACGCGCACCUCUCUCCGUCCGAGGUCGCGCUGUUCUUCGUCUGCGUGGUCAUGUGGACGGAGCUGCGGCGGACCCUCACCGCGCACGUGUUCGAGCCUUUUGCUUGGUGGUGUCGUAUUCAGCCCAAAGAUGUGGCAAAGUUGCCAGAAAGUGCUUGGAAGCUGGUCUUCUACACAAUGUCUUGGUCCUACAGCUCUUAUCUUCUCUUCUUCUCCAGCUACACGUUCUUCCAGGACCCUCCGUCUGUGUUCUAUGACUGGAAGAGCGGGAUGUCUGUGCCCACGGAUAUCGCCAUCGCCUAUCUGAUCCAGGGGAGCUUUUAUGGCCACUCCAUCUACGCCACAGUGUACAUGGAUGCCUGGAGGAAAGACUCCAAAGUCAUGGUGCUGCAUCACAUCAUCACUCUGGCGCUGAUCACCUUCUCCUACGCAUUCAGGUACCACAACAUAGGUGUUCUUGUUCUGUUCCUCCACGACAUCAAUGAUAUCCAGCUGGAGUUCACCAAACUUAAUGUCUACUUCAAGACACGCGGUGGCAGCUACUACCUGAUAAACGACAUCCUUUCCAACAUGGGCUCUGUGAGCUUCAGUAUCACCUGGUUCUGGUUCCGGCUGUACUGGUUUCCCCUGAAAGUGCUGUAUGCUUCCUGCAUCUCCAGCCAGCAGACUGUCCCCAACAUCCCCUUCUACCUUUUUUUCAACACCCUUCUGAUCGCCCUGCUGAUCAUGAACAUUUACUGGUUUCUGUUUAUUGUAAUGUUUGUGGUGAAAGUUUUGACUGGGCAGAUGAAGGAGGUCAGCGAUGUACGAGAAUACGAAGAAGAAAACGCUCAGAAACCACUCCAACCCAAAAGGGACGAUAAUGGUCAUCAGGACACUGGAGAAGGGAAACAUAUACAGAAUGGUUUCAACAAGGAGAAGCAUCUAUAACAAUCUCAAUACUGCCACCUGCUGGUACCUAAAAGAGACUGCAAGGAACACAGGUGACCUAGUUUAACUCUUGACCCUCCACAGACUCCAGCAGUUAUAUGUUGCUUUAAUCAUCCUACAGGGGAAUGACAUCGUUUUAGGCUGUGAAACAUUUCUCUGUUAUUUGGCUUUUGUUUUAUUGUGUUUAUUUCUAUUAUUAUAGCACUGUGAACGUUAUUUCAGGUGUUUUUUAAUUAUUAUUUGAAACAUCACGUAUGUCAACAAAUUGAAGUGAAAUGAAAGUCCUCCUGUGUGUAAGAAAACUUGUUUAAUAAUAAUAAUAAUAAUAAUAAUAAUAAUAAUAAUAAUAAUAAUAAUAAUGAAGAAGAAAUGAAGAAUCUGCAGAAAUGAGGGAUCUGUUUUGAUUCUUGGUUUAAAGCUGCAUCCAUAGCAGCUUUCUACUUAUUCGUUUUUUUGUUUAGUAUUUUAAUCCCUAGACUGAAGGCAUUAUGAAGGGAGGCUGUUGCAGUAUUCUGUCACACUGAGUCUGAGUGCAUGGAUUUGCUAGGGCUAUUUAUGUUUCAUGUACUGAUUGUCAGAGUGCACAGGUUACUAUUAACCUGGCUUUCUACACAGUUCAGUCAGAAUUGUAUGGCCGCCUUCUUGGUUUUUAAUCACUGUCCAUUCUUCAGCUCCACAGGAUCACCACAGGGCAGGUAUUACUUUGGUGGCGAGUCACUCUCAGCACUGCAUUGAAACUGAUUAACAUGGUGCUGGUACAAGUAUCUCAGACACAGCAGUGCUGCUGGUUUUUUUAAACACCUCAGUGACACUGCUGGACUAAAAAUAGUCUAUUUAACAGAAAUAUUAAGCAGCAUUAACCAUUGAUGAAGGAUUAAAAGAUGACCAACACAAACUGUGCAGAUUCUGAGCUUCGAUCUCUGACAGCUACAAGGUGGAGCAGCUAGAAAAGUGUGUCUAAUAAAGGGGACAUAGUGGAGCUGACAAAACGGACAGUGAAGGUAGAAACAAAAAGGUGGUUAUAAUGUUCUUACUGGGCUGUGUAAAAGUCUGACCUGCUUUAUUAAGCCAUAAGGAAGUGAUGAAGAAAAACAGAUAUCACAUUUUUUGCCAUGUGGAUAAAAUGAAGGGAAGCUAUUUUUUAUGUCCUUGUACAGACAAUAAACUGUCCAACCUUUUUUAUUUUUAAUUUGCAUUAAUUGUUGCAUUGAAAUGAAGGCAUGCAAAUUUCUGACUGAAUGCAACAAUGGCAACAUGAGCUGAUCGACUGGGCUGAAUGUAAUAUUGCUGAUCAAAAUGAAGUUAGUACCAAUGUUAAAUAAUAUUUAUUGCAGUAUGUCAUGAAACCAGUUGAAUCAAAUCUUUUGUAGAAAAAAAAUGAAUCCUGUAUAUCACAAUAUUUAUGCACAUAUGAUAUUCCAGACUGCAUGAGAUCAGGAUGAUUUGGAAUAUCCAGAAAAUGUAAUAAAAAUCUAGAAUCUUCCCAUCCCUGGCCAGUCCUGAGGAUCCUAUACUUUUAUUGUUUACACAUUUUUGUUUAUUGCACUUUUAGAUCAUAACUUACUUGCGGAGUUCGCAAUCAUUUAGGACAACCUUUUCCAGGACAUUUGAUGUGGUUUUCAUACAAAAAAUUAGUAUUAAAGGGGCUGUGAGUGGUGGUACCGCUAUGAUCUGAGGUACGCUGGAACGUAUCCCGGAUCAUGCUGUUGCCAUCAGCGGCUACAGUCUGACAGAGCACAAUUGGUCUGGCUCUCUCUUUCCUCAGAGCGUGCUGGCUAUCCAGCAGUGCUGCACCAGUGGCAGUUGAAAAAAAAAAAAAAAAUUUAGGCCGUGUCCCAAAUCUCCAGGACUGGACUGGGAUAGGAGACCACUUCGACAAAAUCACAAUUCAAACCUUUGAUGUCAUUUAUGGGUUUUCAUGCAUACAUUAAGCCUCUACCUGUAUCAACUGAGAGGAUGAGAGAACCAUUUUGGGACAAACCUCAGCAACAGAUCGGGCUAACUGAGACCGUUUUCAGAUGCUGAUUUUAUUUCUAAUUCUAAUUGCUGCUGUUUUUUGUGGAUUACUUUUUAUGUAUAUUGGCCUGAUCCCCUUGUCUUUUAUAUUUGAGAGUUGAUGACUACUAUGAAACACUCCUGAAGGUGAAGCAUUGGCCUAAACAUCAGCGAUACAGUUAUUUAGGUUUAUUAGUAAAAUGUACAGAUUUUCAGUUGUUCGCUAUAAACUAAUGAGACAAGAACCAUUUAAAUAGCUCAGCACAACUGAUUUAACAAGAGGUUUAUCAAAUGUAACAAUACUUCAGAGCACAUUUCCAAAUUAUGUCUCAAAUCAAGACAUUAUUAAUUUAGUUAAUAAGUAGACCUUAUUAAUUUACAGGAUGACUGGAGAUGUUGGAAAUGUGGUUAAGAAUAGAGAGUGGUCCAAAUAGUAAGAACCAAGUGGCUUUUUGAUUUGAAUCUGGAACAAUCACUUUUUUGUUUUACUUGGCUCAGUUCUUGUUUGAUUGGUUUAUUGCAAACAGCUGAAAGUAUGUACAUUUUGCAUAUGCACAUAAUGGUGUUAAAUAGUUGUAAUUGCAACUGAAGUUCCAGAUGGUUUAGUACACUUUUAGUACAGUACGCUUUUGUCACUUAUGCUAAUAUUAAUCAAUAGUUGCUCUUUAGAAUAACUUACAUAAUACUGGGUAAGACAUCUAGGUGAGAGGCAGCAAGACAUUAAACCCAGAAGUGCUCUGCAUUGGAUUUUUCUUUUUUUUUUUGAAAGAUCUUAUGGGCCUUGUUAUUAAUGAAAAAUGGCAGGAACUAAAAUUAUAAACACCUUUAACAAGUCUUCAUUUUUCCUCUAUUCCUAGGUGUGUAGCAAACAUUACUCGUUUGACUUGUAUUGUGAGCUGGAAUAGAACAAAAAUGUGCACUUUUAAAUUUCAAUGGUGAACAGAUUAGGCUAGCCUUAAGAUCAACUGGGAAUUCACCAUCACUUCACCAUCAGUUAUACACAGAUGUACAAGCACUGUACUAUAUCUACGAGCUGCAGUGCUGAAUGUGAAUGUGAAGUGUUUCCUGCCUUUUAAACUGUUUUUUUCAAAACAUUGUUCACUCCACACGCAGGCACAAACUAAAUCCCAAAAUGUUUUGGUUCCACUUUUGGAAGCAUCUUUACCUUUUCUUUGGCUGCUUUUAUCCAUGUGUUUUGGUUCAGUCUGUUUCUAUUUCACUGUCAUUGUUAAAAUGUUCUACGUAUGUGCCAAAAGGGAACUUUGAACUACAGCUGAGGGUUUAAGACUGAGACCUUGGGCUUGGGGUGUCUAGAGAUAAUAAAUUAUGAUAAGUGUGGGGUUUGUCGGACAGGUAUUUAUAGCAAAUUGCACUGUAAUUUAUUAUUGUUUCUACUGUUCAUUAGGAAAUUCAAACAGCUGAAGAAGAAUGGGGGUUUAUUAAUUUCUUAAUGUGCAUUAAAAGUAUUAAAUGUGUGUUGAUUUUAAGAAGAUUUUUACAUUUCUCUUUGGACCAUGAAUUUAAGAAAAGACUUGAAAGAUUUUGUUUUGCCCUCACUUAAUCUGACCACCUCUGUCUGUAUGAUGAAUACUGUCUUUUUGCAAUGGAACAAUUUUUAAUAAUUCCACUGAGCCAGUGUUAUUGUAUCAUAUUUUCCCAUGAAAUAAAAUCUGUAAACUGAA